AUGGAAACAAACAGAAUCGAAGACUUCCCUUCGCACUGGAAAACAACUCUCCUCGGAGAAGCUUUCUGGAGAGACGCAGAGCGGUUCAACCAGCCCAUCAACGACAGCAUCGAAGCAAAUCGCGGUUCGACUUUACACUUGAAGUUUCCUUUCAACCUGACUCCAGCAAAACUCCCGCAUAUCGAGGACGUGGCGAAGGAAGUAGAGGUCGGAAAGAAGCAGCGCCGUCGCUUUAGCAUGAGCGAUGCGCUGAGUCUGAAUUCGUUCUCCUCCAACGCCCUAAGUUCCCUCUCUCAAAGCCGUCUCUUCAGCAAACGCUCACGCUCUCAAUCUCGUUCACCGACCCGAGCCCCGAGUAUUUCGUCAGAAACCCGCCGCCGCCGCUUCCUUCGCACUCCCUUCAACAUGGCAAGUAGCAGGAGAAACGAGAAGAUCGAGUCCGUCCUGGCUACCCCCACACCCCAGGAGCCAGGAACACCUGCAAGGCCUCUCAUGUAUUUCCGCGGCGGAGCAACCUGGAACUGCCUACCGAAGGACCUGGCCGCAUUAGGAAUCGACGUCUUCUGGCCCGUCAAAGAGGCUCAGGACGUCGAGGAGAACGUGCUCGACAUCGAGGAAAUGGCGCCGCUUUGCCAGUUUCGCAACCUGCGCGUGCUGAAGAUCACGGGGAUGAUGCAGUCCUACCAGAAGUACAUCUGGCAGGCCGCCUGGCUCAACACCGAACUCGAGGAGCUCGAGCUGGGAAUGGCACUGGAGCCUCGAAUCCGUCGCAGGUCUAGUAAGAGAUGGCCCUACAUCAAAGGCGGCUGGACGCUCGACACUUCACAUUACAGCGAGCCUGUUUACUACGGCCACGCAGGCGAUGGAACCCUCGAUCCAAAAGUCGGAGCCGGCGAGUACCUCGACAAAACCGCCAUCGAGAAAGCCAAAGUCCGCGCCAUGGUCAUGGGCCGUACGCUGAACCGCCUCUCCAUCAAGACCCUGACUCUGACCGGCUUCGUCGUCGAUGCUGACCCAUUUAUCCACUGGUUCGACCCUAAGCAUCUCAAAUGCAUACACUUCAAGGACUAUUGCGUCGAUGCCGGCUUCUACCUCUCCUGGCCGAUGAGGAAGGUGGUGAUCCAUUACCCGCGCGAUGUCUCAAUGGAGCCGGUGCCCGCUCGCAGGAUCGACCCGCUCAGGGAGCUGAAGGUGAUCGAGCUAAAGGGCGGGAAGAAAGUCGGGGAGAUGCCGUUCCGUGGUUCUGAGAGCUUUAAGCAGCUUCCUCUGCGUAACCCGUUCCGGAAGAAGCACUCCGUCAAGAAGCAAGACGCAGAUGAAGAGAGGCAUCAGGGAAGAAAGGCUCACCAUUAA